GGGCAUUUUCAUGACUAAGAAAACCUGCAAAAGCCAUGGCACAAAAUCGAUUAAAAUCACCUUCCUCGUUUGCUAAAAGUUUGCCUCUGUAGUUCGUUUCUACUGUUCACUCCCGUUCUAUAACCCCGACUCUCUUCACUUGUCGUCGUCGUCGUCGUCGUCGUCAUCAUGUCGAUUGAGCUUAAACUCUCUCGAUCAAACUCUAUCUAUCGCCCCUCUGAUCCACUUGAAGGCAAAAUCAUCACGAAUUUUCCUUCUUCGAUCUAUCACCAAGGAAUUCGCCUCAGUGCCACCGGAACCGUUAAUUUGCAGGUCCGUGGUGGAUCAGCGGGAGUAAUCGAGUCUUUCUAUGGCGUUGUAAAGCCCAUCUACAUCAUGAACAGAAUUGUUGAGGUUAGAUCUUCUGGGAAGCUAGCUUCAGGUGCAAUUGAGAUACCAUUCUCCAUUACUCUGAGACAGCAAGGACAAGAUAAUUCUGAACCAUUUUACGAGACAUUCCAUGGAGUGAAUAUCAGCAUCCAGUAUCUGAUUACUGUAGAUAUAAACAGAGGCUACUUACAUAAAUCGUUAUCUGCCACAAUGGAAUUCAUAAUUGAAAGUGAAAAGUGCAAUCUUAUUGAGGCACCUGUUUCUCCAGAAAUGGUUAUCUUUUAUAUAACUCAAGACACACAAAAACAUCCAAUACAUCCUGAACUGCAAUCAGGUGGAUUCCGGAUCACAGGGAAAAUCUCCACUCAAUGUUCUGUGUUGGAUCCUAUUAAUGGUGAGCUGACAGUAGAAGCAUCUGCAGUUCCUAUACGCUCAAUUGAUAUCCAUUUACUCCGAGUGGAAUCCGUUCUUGUGGGAGAGAUGGUUAUCACUGAGACCUCUAUAAUUCAGACCACUCAGAUAGCAGAUGGAGAUGUUUGUCAUAACAUGACUCUACCAAUCUAUGUUAUACUUCCACGUCUUUUAACUUGUCCAACAGUCUUAGCUGGUCCAUUUUCGAUUGAGUUUCAGGUAUCCAUCGUUAUCAGUUUCCGGUCAGAUCUAUCAAAACUGCACCCAAAUUCUGAUUCCAUAACUCCCAGGUUGUGGGUAAGUGUUAAUUAUGUACAGCAACCAUUUUACCUUUUCCUUGUUUUUGACAUUGCACCUCUCUGAUUUCAGCUUGCAAGGGAGACUGUAUCACUGGAGUUUGUCCGAACAAAGUGUGACUGGUUGUAGUGGUAUCUACCCAGUCAAAAUUUUUCUGUCAUAUAGUUGCACACUGCAGUGUAUGGGCCAUUUUACUUUGGAU